AAUUCACUCUCUCUAAACUCCCUUGUAAAAGUGACCGUGCACUCUCUGUUUUAAUAUAAUUCGGGCUACAGGUGUUCCACCUAAAGUCCUACCGGUCAUUCUGAGUGUUUUUACUUUCUUUACUUUACUGAAUCAAGCCAACUAUUCUAGACCCUGUCUAGUAUAGUUUGACCGGUCAAGUAAUUUACACCAUCAUUUUUGGCGCCGACCGUGGGACCGUUAAGGUUUCUUCUCUUCUAAACACAAACCUACCCACAAAAACACCACUCAAAAUGUCUUCCAGCCAGCAAAUCAACGCUACCUCUGCUCAGGUGCAGGCCACCACUGAAGGUAUCAGCACCCCCAUGGUUGCUACCCUGCCAGCCGUUUCAACUCCGGUUUUGCCGUUGGGACUAAGCUCGGUCCCAACACCCAGCAUGGUCAGCCCAUUCACGACCCCAGUUCUUUCCGCUGGACCGAGGGUCACGUUCCCACCAAGCAUGACCCAGUUCAUGAAUGACCCAGCCAACUUGCAGGCCAUCCAGGGCUUUGGCCAGGUCAUGGCUAUAUGCCAACAAAAUGGGGGGAUGCCUUUCAUCCCUGGUAUCUUCCGAUUCGCUCUUCCAGGCGCGGGAACCAUGCCCCUACAGGCUCCAAUGGCAGUGACUCCGUUUCAGACGCCGAUUCCGCAGCCAUCACCUUUCCAGCCGCAGCUAAUCAGCGCUGUGGCCCCCAUUAACUUGGCAGGUGCGCUUAACGCCGCAGGGCCGUCGCGUCCCCUGCAAGGUACGAAUCCGCUAAUCACUCCGGAUGGUCACUGCGUCUCAGUUGAAAGCGGAGACGAUGAGUGGGACAUUCCAAGGACCCACAAGAAGAAGAAGGGAAAGGCCAUCCGACCAGCCACCUCCCGAAACUCCGCCUUCGAAAGGCUGGGGAUAGGGAGGAGGGCCAGAUAAAAUCAGCCAAGCUGAGGCUGGGGCAAAGCG